CUUCUCAAGCUCCCUCUCUCUUCCCUGUCCUGCAGUCAGCUGGUUGGAAUAACACCUCUCUUCACACUCGCUGAAGUCAAUGCUGUUUUUCACUCUUACUGUAAGACUACAGUACUGACCCACUCUGUCAGGACAUAUACUCGUCUGGGAGGACAGUACAGCAGGGAAGCCUAAGAAGGUGGGCUGGUGUGAGUGUCUCCUCAGCAGUCAUGGGGAGAUCAGGAGCGCUCUGGGUUUGGACGCCGGAGACGGUUGUGCAGUUGUUCCUUCCCCUCCUCUCUGUCACCUGCAUCUAUGGUCUUUUUCCACCACAGCCACGAGUCUUCCUGUCAUUUCAAGAAUUAGAGAAAACCCAGUCCUUUGAGCACUACACUCUGUCUGAGAGGGCCAUGGACUAUAGGAUCCUUUUCAUGGAUGAAGAUCAGGAUCGUAUGUAUGUGGGCUGCAAGGACCAUGUACUCUCAUUGGACAUCAACAACAUCACCCAUGGCACGUUGAAGAUCUUCUGGCCGGCGUCCACCAGUAAAGUCGAGGAAUGUCAGAUGGCUGGCAAAGACCCCACACAUGGAUGUGGAAACUUCUUACGAGUGAUUCAACCCUAUAACAGGACGCAUCUGUUCAUCUGUGGCAGUGGAGCCUACAGCCCAGUGUGUGCAUAUGUGAACCGUGGCAGGCGUCCUGAGGAGAAAGUAUUCCACAUCUCUUCACGAGCCGAAUCAGGAAAAGGGAGGUGCUCCUUCAACCCACAGGUCAACACUGUCUCAGUCAUGCUCAAUCGGGAGUUGUUCUCUGGCAUGUACAUUGACUUCAUGGGGACAGAUGCAGCUAUCUUCAGGAGCCUGACCAGCAAGAACGCAGUGAGGACAGACCAGCAUAACUCCAAAUGGCUGAGUGAGCCAGUAUUUAUUGAUGCCCACUUGAUUCCUGACGGCUCAGAUCCAAACGAUGCCAAGCUCUACUUCUUCUUGCGUGAGAGACUGACAGAUAAUACUGGAAACACUAAGAACAUCCACACGAUGGUGGCCCGAGUGUGCCCUAAUGACACUGGUGGGCAACGUAGUCUGGUGAACAAAUGGACCACGUUUCUGAAGGCUCGCAUGGUAUGUUCGGUUCUAGAGGAGGACGGUACCGAGAACCACUUUGAUGAACUUGAGAGUGUGUUUUUAUUGGAGACAGACCACCCAAAGGGCCUCCUCCUCUUCGGAGUCUUCACCUCCACAAGCUCUGUGUUCAGAGGCUCUGCUGUCUGUGUGUACAACAUGGCCGACAUCCUGACUGUCUUCAAUGGACCGUUUGCACAUAGGGAAGGGCCAAACUUCCAGUGGGUGGCUUUUCAGGGCCGGAUCCCAUACCCACGGCCGGGAACUUGUCCUGGUGGUGCGUUCACUCCUCAUAUCCAGAGUACUAAAGAGUUUCCAGAUGAGGUGGUGACAUUUGUGAGGAAUCACCCCGUCAUGUUUAACCCCAUUUAUCCGGUGGGCAGGAAACCUCUGGUCGUGCGAACGCAUGCUGAUUACAAGUACACCUCCAUAGCUGUGGACCAGGUCACCGCUGCGGACGGACACUAUCAAGUCCUCUUUCUGGGCACAGAUAAAGGCACAGUUCAGAAGGUCGUAGUUUUGCCGUCGAAUGGCUCUCUGGAUGAGGAUCUAAUCCUGGAGGAGCUGGAAGUGUUUAAGAAGCAGUCUCCAAUCACCAACCUACACAUUUCUUCUAAAAAGCAACAGCUGUAUGUAAGCUCUGAGCACGGAGUAUCUCAGGUGUCUUUGCACCGUUGCAAUGCUUACGGUGCGGCCUGUGCAGACUGCUGUUUAGCACGGGACCCAUACUGCGCCUGGGAUGGACUCAGCUGUUCCAGAUUCUACCCCACUGGCAAAAGGAGAAGCAGAAGGCAAGAUAUUAUGCAUGGGAAUCCACUGACACAGUGCAGAGGUUUCAAUCUCAAAGCCUACAGGAAUGCAGUGGAGAUGACCCAGUAUGGAGUCAAAAACAACACCGCCUUCCUGGAAUGCCAGCCUAAAUCUCCUCAGGCCUCCAUUAAAUGGCUCAUUCAGAGAGACAAUGAUCGCAGGAAAGAGGUCAAACGGAGUGAUCGUGUGGUGUCCACAAAUUACGGUUUGCUCAUCCGCACUGUACAGACUUCAGAUCAGGGCCUGUACUACUGUCUGGCCACAGAGAAUGGCUUCAAGCGCACGCUGGCCAAGAUCCGUCUGCAGGUGCUGAGUGAGGCUCUGGUCAACGCGCUGAGUGACAAACAGCAGUCUCCCUGGGGUUGGGCAGCCAUGCUGCACCCUAAAGCCCUGGUGUCGGCCUUCAGUCCAGCUGAGACGCUCGCAAUGCACCAGUACUGCAAGGAACGCAAACAACUGCAGAAUUUGCAGAGCAUGCAGACCCCCACGCGAGGAGAUCUGGGCAAACUCAAACCCCUGCUGGACCACAGGAAGAGUAGAAAUCGACGGAACCACUUACCAGAGGAAUAGAGAGUUGGAAGUGAGGAGGAAGGGGAAGUAUAGAAAAAGGGACGUGAACAAAAAGGAAGAGGAUGAAGAAAGUAGAAGUUAUAAUGACAUGCAUCAGAAGAGAGGACAAGAGGAAAAUAAAAGAGGACAAUGAUGGAGAAGAUGAGCUCAAAAUUCUCCUCUAAAAUGAACUUCAAUUAUUUUUCCAAACUUAAAGCAUCUUCCCAGGUGCUUCCUGGACAGCGGUCUUAUAUGCAUGAAGAACGCCUAGAUCAGAAGACUCUGAUCUAAUUACUAUGACUAACCCAAACCCACCCUGAACCUAACCAAAUGAAAACCAUUCAGUUUUGCACAUUUUUUAACCUAAAACACAUUAUUUAAUUUAUUUAUGGAUAAUUUUUCCAAAUGAGGAUGUCCUCAAAUAUCCUCAAAGGGACAUACACAUACAGACAUACACGCACAGGCCCUCAAGCCAAUUUGUUUCAUGUUACAUAAUACAAGAGCCCUAAAUUCCAUACUGUAUGUCAUAUAGUAAUGUGGUUAUUUUAAGUUCUAACUUAUACGUAACAUUUCAGAAAGUAAUGAACAAACCAGAAAGUUAUGUAUGAAUUAAAGGGUUAGUUCACCCAAAAAUGAAAAUUCUCUCAUCAUUUACUCGUGUAUGACUUUCUUUCAUCUGCUGAACACAAACAAAGAUUCAUUAAGAUUUUUGGUCUGUUUUCCUUGAAGAGAAAGAGUGUACAUUUUAAAGGCAUAUAUCUGCUUUAAAAUGUAGGCAGAUACAUGCAUGACACGUGCUUUUGAUUGGAAAUUUCCUUUAAUUAAACUAUCUAUUCAUAAAAAUAAUCUUUUAUUCACUCAAAAAAAAAAAAAAAAAAAAAAGAAAAGGAAAAAAGACGUUUAUUUUUUAAGAUUUAUGCAUUUCAAUUUCAUAAUUAAAUUCCCUCAAUUUGAAUAAAAACUUAAGAAAUAUCAUUUUUGUUUUGUUAAAGUUCAAUUGAAUGUAAUUUUAUUAUGAAAUUGAAAUGUGUAAAUCUUAAAAUUAUUAUUUUGUUUUUAGUGUUUGUGCCACUUUUAUAUGCUACAGUAUGAUGUCUGCACACUACAGAGUCUGUUUACAGCAUGUUUACAGCGAAUGUACAGCAGAUUUAAUGUAAAUCUACAUACAAAUCUUCAAUAACUCUAACUAAACUACAGGGCUUCAUUAAUAGCCAAUAGUACACCAAUUUAUCAGUGGCCUUCCCAGAUUGAGAUGAAUAUUGUCUGGCAAUGUUGCUAAAUGGUGCUACAGUACAAGCUUGUUUACUUGCAAAUAGAUUGUUUAUGGUCACUGAAUUGUCCAUGACAGUUCCCCUUUCAUGGAAACGAAAUCAUGAUGGACAGGCCAAGGUACAUCAGCCCAGCUGCACCACAGAUGCUCAGAUAGGGACUGGGAGAGAAGAUGGUAUGGAGCUGCAAUUGUACCAUCUCAGACAGGUGACUCACUGAGCUCAUAAACCUGUACAGAUCCCUGUGCUGUGUUUUGGGAACAGUUUUAGAGUUUAAGAUUAAACCAUUUUGACCAUGAUUAUAGCUUGUCCUUCACUACAGAGGCAUGUGUACUAUUAAAAUUGUAAGUGUAAAAUAGAUUUUCUAAAGCCCAAUACUAGAUGUUUCACAUAAGAAUAGCCCCAAUGAGGCAUGUUGUCAUGCACAUAGAGUCGUUGUUAAACAGGCACAUGUUUGCUGAUAUUUCAGAAUGUUGUGGUUUGCUCAGUGUACACAGACAGCUGUAAUGUGCUUGUCACUCAUUUUAGCUGAUUUGUGUAUGAUGUAGAAAUGUUAGGAUUGUACAAGUACCCAUUUAUGUGUUACUUAUGUCUGUUUGUAAUUUGAGUUCUUAUGUUUUUAAAAUGAAUCAUUUUGUUAAUAGUUUAAAGGGUUCUGUUUCGAUUCGGUCUCAACCUGAAAUUCAGUUCACAAUUUUGCAGUACAGAUGUACAGCUUUUACAUGCAUUUAAUUCACCUGUAAACUGUUUUUUUUUUUUUCCUUUUGAAAUGUCUGAAUUGAAAUGUAUUUUAUGCCAAAUGUCUUCAGAUGUUCUUGACUAAAUCUGCAUUUCGCAGAGUUUGAAGUUUCAUGUUCGUAGUUUUCUGUGGCAUCUCCAAAGCAAUGUAAAAUAGAAUUAUGUUUUAAUAUUAUACAGUAGCAAAUGUGAAGCUGUAUUCCCUGUGAAUGUUAAGGAUAAUUUUAUUAAAUGUCAUGGUUUGUGUA